UGCGCAGUGGUUCUUGGGAGUGGCGGAGCGGGUCCUGCCCGGCUGUCAGCUGUGGCCCCCGGCGCCGGGCGGGGGUGGCCGCGACCAUUGGCGGAGAGGCGCACGGGGCGGGGCCGGCCCCAGCCGCUGCGGGCAAGGCUGAGCAGGCGGAGGUGGGCAGCCGGCCAGGGAAGCACGGUCCGGGCGGCUGCAUUCGGCCUGGCCAUGGCAGCGGCGCCCCUGAAAGUGUGCAUCGUGGGCUCGGGGAACUGGGGUUCAGCUGUUGCAAAAAUAAUUGGUAAUAAUGUCAAGAAACUUCAGAAGUUUGCCUCCACAGUCAAGAUGUGGGUCUUUGAAGAAACAGUUAACGGCAGAAAACUGACAGACAUCAUAAAUAAUGACCACGAAAAUGUAAAAUAUCUUCCUGGACAUAAGCUGCCAGAAAAUGUGGUCGCCAUCUCAGAUCUCAGCGAGGCUGUGGAGGGUGCAGACCUGCUGGUGUUUGUCAUUCCCCACCAGUUCAUUCACAGAAUCUGUGACGAGCUCACCGGAAGAGUGCCCGCGAAGGCCCUGGGAAUCACCCUCAUCAAGGGCAUAGACGAGGGCCCCGAGGGGCUGAAACUCAUUUCUGACAUCAUCCGCGAGAAGAUGGGCAUUGACAUCAGUGUGCUGAUGGGAGCCAACAUCGCCAACGAGGUGGCUGCGGAGAAGUUCUGUGAGACCACCAUUGGCAGCAAAGUCAUGGAGAAUGGUCUCCUCUUCAAAGAACUUCUGCAGACGCCAAAUUUUCGAAUUACUGUGGUUGAUGAUGCAGACACUGUUGAACUCUGUGGUGCUCUUAAGAACAUCGUAGCUGUGGGAGCUGGCUUUUGCGACGGUCUCCGCUGUGGAGACAACACCAAAGCUGCCGUCAUCCGCCUGGGACUCAUGGAAAUGAUUGCUUUCGCCAGGAUCUUCUGCAAGGGCCAGGUGUCCACAGCCACCUUCCUAGAGAGCUGCGGGGUGGCCGACCUGAUCACCACCUGCUACGGAGGGCGGAACCGCAGGGUGGCCGAGGCCUUCGCCAGAACUGGGAAGACCAUUGAAGAGUUGGAGAAGGAGAUACUGAACGGGCAGAAGCUCCAAGGACCUCAGACUUCUGCCGAAGUGUAUCGCAUCCUCAAACAGAAGGGACUAGUGGACAAGUUUCCAUUGUUCACUGCAGUCUAUCAGAUCUGCUACGAAGGCAGACCAGUUCAAGAGAUGUUGUCUUGUCUUCAGAGCCAUCCAGAGCAUAUAUAAAGUGAAUCGUGCAACGUGCUGGGGAAAGCUCUGCCUUUCUGAUCCAUCUUUCGGGUUCACGUGGAUACCAGGACUUGGCAGCAUGACGUUUGCUUGACUGUAACCUCAUCAUGGCUAUGUAUGAAUUUUUACAGGUUCGUUUUUGAAUUGUGAGAGGCAGUUCAUUGGCACAGAUGUCCUGGGCAGCAGCUAAACACACACACACAAACGUGUGAAUGGCAGUUUCUUCGAGUGUUUCUAUGAGCCAAAAUUCAAUGUCUUUUUUUCAAAAUUGUUUAUGAAAUUUCCACACAAUGGUAGCUUAUAAACUUGGAAUGAUCUCAGCUACAUUGUUUUAGGUGUAAUACAUAUGGAUUUGAGUGGGGGAUUUCUUUUUUCUCAUUCUUUUAAUGUUGAAUUUUAACCAGCAUUAACAUGGUAGACUGGAUGAGUGAGUGUGUUCAAAGAUCAAUAUAUUUAACUUUUAAACACUAUCUCAAAGCCAGCCUAAUUAACUACUUUGAUUGUGGGCUGACCUUUGUUUUUUAACAAUCAGGCUUUUUUUUUUUUGAGACAGUUUCACUUUUGUUACCCAGGCUGGAGUGCAAUGGCAUGAUCUCGGCUCACCGCAACCUCCGCCUCCUGGGUUCAGGCAAUUCUUCUGCCUCAGCCUCCCGAGUAGCUGGGAUUACAGGCACACGCCACCAUGCCCAGCUAAUUUUUUUGUAUUUUUAUUAGAGACGGGGUUUCACCACAUUGACCAGGAUGGUCUUGAUCUCUUGACCUUGUGAUCCACCCGCCUCGGCCUCCCAAAGUGCUGGGAUUACAGGCAUGAGCCACCGCGCCUGGCCCACAAUCAGGUAUUUUUAAUUAGAUAGUCCACUUUCAUGUUUCCCCCUCACUACAGUUGUCUGCAUUUUUAGCCUCUUUUCUCUUCAUUAGUUGUCAGAAUGUGCCUUCAUAAAGGUUCAGCAGUGACAGAAGACAGAGAACUCAUCUAUGGUUUUCCUGCUGUGCCUGGCACAUUCUUCUGAUUAGCAGACACUUGUAUGAGGCUUUUGGCUGGUUAGUACUCUUUUUGUAAACAUUUCUCUUAAGCAUCACAGAUCCUCUGCGGGGGCUGGAGGCUACUGUUACUCCUCUUGUUAGAGGCCAUCACUCUUCCUGGUCACCCAGUGAGCAGGGACAGAACCAGGAGUCAAGUACAACGCCAAGGUACAUGACCCUCCAAGAAUUCACUGGGCUGAUUUGACCCCUGACUAAUUGGUUGUGGCAAAUGCCAUGUGCAGCCUUUCCUGGGGCCGCAGGGGGGCUUCCUGCAGCUGAGAUCUGUGCAGGCCAUCCUCAACGGACGCCUCUCCAAGCGUGGUUCUCGGUUCAACAGCAUCAGCUUCACUUGGUGGGUUGGUGGCAGGCGCUGAGGGGCGGGGGAGGGGGGCGGCAGAAAUGCAGAUUCCCAGGUCCCACCCUGGACCUCUGAAGGGGUAUGACAUCUGUGCUUUGGAUACGCACUACAGUUGGAGAACCACGAGAGAAAAUCUGCUUUAACUUGGCAUUCCUCUAACCGCAUCCCCUGGGACACGAGCCCCCGGGACAGUCCCGCAAGAUCCAGUGGUUAUUCCAAGUGCUCCCCGGAAAGGUCCAGUGAGUUUGGGAAGUACCAUGUCUGUACACCGCUUGAAGGUGUAGAAUGUAUGUUCAUACGUCAGUGGAACCCAUUUUUCUAACCUAGCAAGACCCAAACACAUUACACUGAAGAGAGAUUUUGGUGAGGAAACUUGCUGGAGUUUUCAGGGAACGCUGUUCUAGGCUUAGGUGACCUUAGGAUGACUCAAGUAGACCCUUCACUCCUUGCGAGAAAUUAGGAUGAAUAACUACCUGUGGAAUUGUCGGUUCCGGACUUUGACAGUUCAGGCCUGCGUGAAUCUGAUGGAGCUUUAAGGUGACACUGUUGUACAAGAUGCCAACUUUGCUGAAACGCACAUUACCUGGAAUAAGUGCUUUAAUUGUAGAAUUAGGAUGGGACUGAUGUACUGUUUUCAAUGAGAUUGGCUUCAGAAUAGCAUUACCGUACUUUAUAUAGCACUUGACAUGUGUUAAAGGAACAUAUGAAUGUAAUUUAUAAAUUCCUGGAAUUUCAGUUACUUUGUGAGAUUUGGGCCUGUCCCUCAACCCCGGCUUAGGAUUUUUUUUUUCUAUACCUUGAAAUGAUUAUAAAAUAGAUUUUCGUGGGCAUUUUAACUCUAUCCAAACCAUUUUUGGAGCAUUUUAAAGCCCCAUACACAGAAGUACACGAAAGCACACGAAACGCUGCCAGUGUCAGUUUUAGCACCACCGUUAACCCACUUUGCUUGUCUCAUGAAAAAUCUUUUUUAAAGUUUGUACAUAGGUAACAAAAAGUUACUUUUAAAGAUACAUAAAGGGCUGUAAGCUAACUGUGGUGUCUAUUAAGCAGCAUAAUGAGAUGUGAGGAGGUGGGACUUUGCCUGUUGGGCGUAUUUUCAUCUGCAUUCAGCUUCUUACUCUGGGUUUGUAUUCAUGCUAUUUCUUUACAAAUUCCCUUGUAAUUACCACUCUGAAAUCUGCUGACCGUGUCUCCUGAACAUGCUUAGCAUAUUCUGCACCUUAUGGAAAGAGGCAAAUUGUAUAAGUUUCUGCUGUACUAACUGUAGAUAUUUAUUACUCUGUGAGUCAUCUAUUUUUAUAACCACCCGUGGUCCACUGUUCAUCUUAAAUCAGAUUUCUUACGAAGUAUGGUAACAGGGAGGGAGACACCUAGAUUAGAAGCUCAAUUUGUACUACUACAGCCAACCUGUGAAUGUAAAAACUACACUGUUGCCUUGCUGUGAUCCACCCUUCUACAAUGUGGAACAAACAUCUGAGUGAAAUCCACCCUAGAAGAUGGAGUCAUACCGAACUUGUGGUUUUUCAUUUAACUCAACUAUAACAUGGCCCCAUGGCAUCCGCACCGGGAGGGCGUCGUGGUGGGGUGCCGCUGUGCAUGGGGGACUUUAGUUUUUCCACUAGUUCUUAUCUGCUAGCCUUUUACAUAUGUGUGUUCUGUAUUCAUUUACAGACUGGAGGUGGAUGUAUAAUUUUAAAGCUUGGUUUAAUAAAUAUUUAACCCCCUAAACUUGCA